CUCCCUGUGCCUGUCCUCUCUGCGUCUUCGUCAUCGCUCUCUUAUUCGCUCAACUACACUGCCAUUAAACAAAAAACACCGCUUUGACUAAAAACACCUCCACGCUAUCUUCCCCCUCAACCUUCCCGGAACUUUCUUCUCGCUCUUCCUAUAUCUGUGUGUAUAUAUAUAUAUAUCUCUAAUCCCUUCCGUUUCCAUACCCAUCUCAUCCAUUUACUCGCUCCUCCACACAUCUAUCUAAUCAAUCUACCCAAACCAAACCCAAUUUACACACUUACCAAAUCAUCUCUCUCUCUCUCUCUCUCGAUUUGACUUCGGAUUUUAAUUAGCAGACGUUGAGAUGGACAACAAUCAGCAAUCCUUCCGGAAUUUCAGCGAUCAGCUCAGGGUCCAGACCAACAACUUGGUCAAUCUCUCCCUCAAUGACUCCAUUUGGAGCAAUUCCUAUGUGUUCAAGAGGCCGGAGGAGAGACGCAACUUCGAUAUCAGGGUCGGCGGCGAGCUCAAUCCUGACGUCACCCCACCCAGCAAUCUGAGGCCCAAGGACUCGUCGGACUUCAAUGGGUUCAACCAUUCUUGGAAGGUCGGCGGCUCCGAUGUUAAUAAUCAUGGCGAUGGCUGGAAUUCCUCAUCCAAUUUGAAGCAGCACAGCUCGGAUUUUAAUGGGUUCAACCACGGUUGGAAGAUUGGUGGCUCCGAUAGUUCCUCCACCAAUUUGAAGCAGCACGACUCGGAUUUUAACGGGUUCAACCACAGUUGGAAGAUUGGGGGCUCCGAUAGUUCCUCCACCAAUUUGACGCAGAACGACUUGGAUUUUAACGGGUUCAACCACAGUUGGAAGAUUGGUGGCUCCAAUUCCUCAAACAAUUUUAAGCAGAAUGAUUUGGAUUUUAAUGGGUUCAACCAUAGUUGGAAGAUUGGUGGCUCCGAUCUCAACGGGUUCAACGACGGAUGGAAGCUGGCUUCGUCUGGUUUUGGACCGAUUGGAGGCGGGUUGUCCCAGCAGCAGAACGUGAUUGGGCUUAACGGUGGGUUCAAUAAAGGGAUUUAUUCAAAGCACUCGCCUACUUUGAAUUACAAUAACAACAACAACGGUAAUGUUGUUCUCAAUUCCAAGGGGAUUAAGAGUGGGACUGGUAAGGGUGAAGAUGAUCGCCAUCAUCAUCAUCAUCAAAAUCACCAUAGUCUAAAGAGUGGGAAGAAGAACAGGAACGGGAAUAACAACAACAACAACAAAGAUAACAAUGACAAAAACAGUGUGGAAAAGAGGUUCAAGACGCUUCCAGCAUCUGAGGCCCUGCCAAGAAAUGAAACCAUCGGUGGCUAUAUCUUUGUCUGCAACAACGAUACGAUGCAAGAGAAUCUCAGAAGGCAGCUUUUUGGUUUGCCUCCGCGCUAUCGGGACUCAGUCCGAGCAAUUACCCCAGGCUUGCCCCUUUUCCUGUACAACUAUUCCACCCACCAACUUCAUGGGAUUUUUGAGGCAGCAAGCUUUGGAGGAACAAAUAUUGAUCCGACAGCAUGGGAGGACAAAAAGAACCCCGGUGAAUCGAGAUUCCCCGCUCAGGUGCGUGUUGUGACGAGGGAAGUGUGUGAGCCAUUGGAAGAGGACUCCUUCAGACCAAUCCUCCAUCAUUAUGAUGGCCCCAAAUUCCGCCUCGAACUCAGCAUUCCAGAGGCUCUCUCUCUUUUGGAUGUAUUUGCAGUCAGCAAUGCAGCUUAACAUCAUACAGCACAGACAAAACAGAUACGCACGGAAAGAAAGUACCAAUAGACUAGUGUGAUGGAAAGAAGAGAAAAUAAGAUCCAUAUAUACAAAAUAAAAGAGAGAUGAUACUUUGGUAGAGAAUAAUAGCAAGUUCGCCCCUUUGUAUUCUGAUACGAUGCGUAUUUUUUCAUUCCCCCCACCCCUUGUUCUUGGGACCAUUUUGCCUUGCCUGCUUGGAGGGGACUGCCAUGGUUCCAAUCCAAUGUGUUUUUGGGCUGCUUGUUUUGUACAUAUACAUAUACAUAUAUACAUAUAAUGGGCAAGUACAUGCUUGAAAUGCAAGUUUAAUAGUGAA